GCGGAAGGUGCUGAGGACAGCGCCGCCUCCCUCCCCGCCGCCGCCUCCGGCCCUCCGCCUGCCGCCGCCGCCGCUCCCCCCGCCGGGCCAGCCGUCCCCGACCCCCUCCGGGGGGGCCGCUCGGUCUCGGAAGCGGAAAACGACGCCUCCCCCCCUCAGCCCCCCCCCCGCCAUCUCCAUCCUCCGAAAGCGUCGCUGCAGCUGCAGGAGCUGAAUGUGGCCUGGCCUUCCUUGGACUUCCCCCCACCCGGGUUCCCCGGAGGCAUGUAGCUACGCUCCUCUCCCUCCGGCCCAGAUCGCCUUCCCCUGUUCCCAGCACCAUGUCCACUCGCUGAGCAAGAGGAGCGGCCUGGCCAACGACAACGGCUGCCUGGGCCUGAGCCUGGCCUUGGUAGCCCCUCCGGGGGGGCCGGUCCUGCCACACAAGGGGCGCUGCGCCUACAGCUGCGGGGAGCUGCAGAGCAUCUUGGGGCUGCCGCCCUCCGCGGAGGAGCCCUCCAACAGCAAAUGGAGGAAGGAAGGGCAGAACCAGCUGCGGCAGGCGGAGGAGCGUGGUCGCGACCAGAACCGCAACGAACUCAGCCUUCCCAGCAAGGAGCUGAGCACGCUGCUGGUCCCGCUGACGGGGCAGGAGGUCAAGGGCCCAGAGGCCGAGGAGGGAGUAGGAGGAGGAGAAGAAGAAGAAGAGGAGGAGGAGGAGGAGGAGGAGGAGGAGGAGGCUCCACCCGUCCGGAGUGAGCCUGUGACUGAGUCGGAGCAGAGCUCAGAGUGGGCACUGCCUCGGGGGGAGCAAGGACGCAGCGCCAGCCUCCUCUUUGCCACCCGCAACAGCACCGCCAGCGACGAAGAUUCCAGCUGGGCCACCCUCAGCCAGGGCAGCCCCACCGGCAGCUCCCUGGAUGAAGCCCGGUGGGUCCUGGGGGUGGGAAGCACAGCAAGGGCCAUCCGUGACUUGCUGGGGGGGGGAACCCCCAUGGCAGAGGCCACCUGCCUGGGCCAAGCAGAACCAGUGGCUGGGAGGGGGGUGGGCCAUGCAUGUUGA